AUGUCCGUCUCCGUCUACCUCAUGGUGGUCGCAGCACACGCGUCGUUCUUCACCGGGUCGCCGCGCGCCCUCUCCUCGCCUCUCGGCUCUGUCGCGCUGCCACAUAGUCUAAUCCAGGGCGGGGCGAUCUCUGGGAACGCUGCCUACCGCCGCCGGCCCGCGCACGCCUGCUCGCUCGCGCGCGCGAUGCUCGACGCACUCGCCAAGCGCGGGCAGCUGCCUGUGAUCGUGCACGCUCCGGCUGUCGGAGGCGAGGGACGCUGCGCGGCGUGUUGGCUGCAGUUUCCAAGCUGGGGACGCGACGUCGACGAAGCUCGCGCGGUCGCUCCGGAUAUCCCGUUCUGGCGGCCGGCGAACACGCUCAUGGCAAACACAUGGGCAGCACAUAAUUGA